GGAGCCGAGCGGAGCCGGUGCCGGGGCGGCUCAUUGCGGCGCGGCGCGGCGGCAGCAUGGCCACCACCGUGCCCUGCACCCGUUUCACCGACGAGUACCAGCUCUACGAGGAGAUCGGCAAGGGAGCUUUCUCUGUCGUCCGCCGCUGCGUCAAGCUCUGCACUGGCCAUGAGUACGCUGCUAAGAUCAUCAAUACCAAAAAGCUCUCAGCCAGAGACCACCAGAAGCUGGAGCGCGAGGCGCGCAUCUGCCGGCUGCUCAAGCACUCCAACAUCGUGCGGCUCCACGACAGUAUCUCCGAGGAGGGGUUUCAUUACCUCGUCUUUGACCUGGUGACAGGUGGCGAGCUCUUUGAGGACAUCGUGGCGCGGGAGUACUACAGUGAGGCUGAUGCCAGCCACUGCAUCCAGCAGAUCCUGGAGGCUGUCCUGCACUGUCACCAGAUGGGGGUGGUCCACAGGGACCUCAAGCCGGAGAACCUGCUCCUGGCCAGCAAGUGCAAAGGGGCAGCAGUGAAGCUGGCGGACUUUGGCCUCGCUAUCGAGGUGCAGGGGGAUCAGCAGGCCUGGUUCGGAUUUGCAGGCACACCUGGCUACCUGUCCCCCGAGGUCCUGCGCAAAGAGGCCUAUGGCAAACCGGUGGACAUCUGGGCAUGUGGGGUCAUCCUGUACAUCCUGCUGGUGGGCUACCCGCCGUUCUGGGACGAGGACCAGCACAAACUCUACCAACAAAUCAAGGCCGGGGCCUACGAUUUCCCUUCACCUGAGUGGGACACAGUUACCCCCGAAGCGAAAAACCUCAUCAAUCAGAUGCUGACCAUCAACCCCGCCAAGCGUAUCACAGCCCACGAGGCCCUCAAGCACCCGUGGGUCUGCCAACGUUCUACCGUGGCCUCCAUGAUGCACAGGCAGGAGACAGUGGAGUGCUUGAAAAAGUUCAAUGCCCGGAGGAAGCUCAAGGGUGCCAUCCUCACCACCAUGUUGGCCACCAGGAACUUCUCAGCAGCUAAGAGCUUACUGAACAAGAAGGCGGAUGGUGUGAAGCCCCAGACCAACAGCACCAAAGGCAGUGCCGGUGUCACCAGCCCCAAGGGGACCCUCCCGCCCACUGCUCUGGAGCCUCAAACUACUGUAAUUCAUAACCCCGCGGACGGCGCCAAGGAGUCCUCCGACAGCACCAACACCACCAUUGAAGACGAGGACACCAAAGCCCGCAAGCAGGAGAUCAUCAAAAUCACGGAACAGCUCAUCGAGGCCGUCAACAACGGGGACUUCGAGGCCUACGCGAAGAUCUGCGAUCCGGGGCUCACCUCCUUUGAGCCCGAGGCACUGGGCAACCUGGUGGAGGGGAUGGACUUCCACCGCUUCUACUUCGAGAAUUUGCUCUCCAAGAAUAACAAGCCGAUCCACACGACCAUCCUGAACCCGCACGUGCACGUCAUCGGGGAGGACGCUGCUUGCAUCGCCUACAUCCGCCUCACCCAGUACAUCGACGCGCAGGGCCGGCCCCGCACCAGUCAGUCCGAGGAGACCCGCGUCUGGCACCGCCGCGAUGGCAAGUGGCAGAACGUCCACUUCCACGGUUCGGGGGCCCCCGUCGCCCCGCUGCAGUGAAGAGCUUGCGGUGGCUGUC